AGUUUCACACACAGCUUUCAUGUAUAAAACUAAAAACUAUACCACGUCUACUUUAGUCAGUACAUGCAACCUGGAAGUAGAUAUACACUGUAGUUCAGCGCCAAUAUACAUUACGUGUGACACCCGACCUAGUUUCACACACUGCCGACAUGGCCAUGCUGUACACCCGUCUCAUCCUCACAGUUGGAGCUCUCUUGGUGGACAUAUGUCACAAACACGUGGAUUCUGCUCCAGUUCUUGCUACCAACAGACGUGUUCCUGUGGAGGGUGUCAGUUUCAGCAUCACCUGUACAGGAGUUGCGGCUAUCACUUCAGCUACUCGUUUCUAUAAGGAUACUUCUAUCCAGGGCGGCUGCUUAUCAUCAGGCAGCUGUGGGACAUCUGUCUCUGGAUACAACGUGAGUCUGGACAGUACAUCCAGGAUCCUGACUCUAGACAUCGCAUCACCAGAUUCCGUCAGAGACAGCGGGACAUGGAGUUGUACUGAUGGUGCCACAUCGUCUGAUACCAUCACACUGUCACAGUUUGCAGCUCUUCUGGACUGGAGCUCUGUGACAUUCUCUCCACAACUGACUUCUCUCCCGUCCUCUGUGACCCCACAGAACACUAUCUCCGUCAAGGUGACCACCCCGGGUGCUACCCCUGCCGCCGUCAUCACAUGGAGAUACCAACAGGGUGUGAGUGGCGUCCUUCCCAGCAGUACAUCUUCCUCCCAGGGAUCAUGUCCAUCAGGCCAGGUCCAGACAACCAACACUCUGUCUCUGCCAGGAAACACAGUCAGUCUCUACAACAGACAGGUGUCUCUCACUGUCAGUGUGGAACAUGACUCCUUUGACCCGCCCACGUACACAAAGUCUGUCACUUCAAAUACAAUACAGUUUCCUGUCCCAGUAACGUCUGUGACACUGACAAACAUCAACUCUGAUUAUGAGAAGAUAGGACAAGCAGUGGGUCAACCGCUGACCUUGACCUGUGUGACUUCAGCCAGCUUCCCGACUUCUGCUGUGACCUGGGUGACCUUGCCAUCAGGAACCACUCCUACAGUCAGCACAGAGACGACAUCUGGUGUCCUGGUGAAGACCACAAGCUCCGUCACAUUCACGGUCAGUAAGACUGACCAGGGGAGGAGCAUUCACUGUCAGGCUGAAAACAUCAACGGUCAGACAUCCCCACAGUCUAACAGAGCAACACUGGAGGGUUGGUGUAAGUAG